AUGGUUUACUUAUUUCGUAAGUUGAGAAAGAAGUUUUGUUUAAGUAAACAAUAAAAAAAAAAACAAAGUAUUCGAAGAACAAAAUUUUAGACAUUACAUUCUGUCAUGUGAAGUUCUAAAACACAAUCAUGUAACCAGAAAUAGUCUAACAUAUUUAUACACCACGUGAAAUGUUAACAGUUACGAAAAAUAACUACCUGCCUAUCUAAUGGCUAAGAUAACAAGAUUGAAAAAUGAUCAGCUCCGAAACCUAACCACCAUAAAAGUCCUCACAUUAUAAAAAUGGCUUGUUGUUGUAAAACAGCUGGUAGAUCGAAUAAGUCAUCGGCGAGUUGCUUGGGCCGCUGCGAUCUACCUAAACACAGAUGCUUAGACAGAGAGGAAAUAAAGCCGGGGCCAGUACCCAAGCAUAUGGGAUGGCUGUACACCGCCAGAGACGCCCCUGAACAUCAAUUGAGAUGUGGCUGGCGCCCAGGUCACAUCUCCUGCCCCGUUCUCAGAAAGAUCGAGGCUCAUAACUGCGUAAAGUCAGUGUGCACUCCUUGCCCAUCGAUAUGCUCUCGGCCGCCGUGCGUGAAGCCCUGCUGCCUGCCUCCCAAGUGCGUCACGGUCUGCCCGUCCUCCCCGUCGUGCUGCAAGCAACCCCCAUGCGGACAAGCUCUCAUAAGGAUCAUCAGGCAUGCUGGCAACUAUAGCAUCUGCACCAAGCCCUCCAACAUAAGCAAUGCACCCUCAGGACCGUACCCUCUCAAAUACGUACUUAACAUUGACGAUGAAGAACCUGUUCCCGGAGCACCGCCUUCUCCUGCGCCCAAGUACAGUGUAGAAGCUAAAUUUAAUGACUACCAUUUUGACUACACCAGUUCUCAAUCAUCUUUUGUACUGGACUUCACUCCGCCUGAACAGAAAUGUUACAAACCAUGCCCGAAGAGGAGUAUUGUGUGCAUGCUGUGCAAAACAGACAAUAUGAAAGGAUUUUCGAAAUGUACAUAAGUAGUACCACGGUGAAGAAUUUUUUUGCUUAGGAUUAAUAACAUCUACAAUCUCAUCUACAUCAAACACCUCAAAUUAUGGACUACUUAUACGUACUCGUUUUGCUAAAGUACAUUAAAUAUCGAAUGAAAAAAAUGGUAUUAUACACAAUAACACAUUCGCACAUUACAAGAUAUGACUAGCUUUUAAUUAAUUAAAUAAACAAUCGCCAUUCCA